AUGGCAAGCGAAGCAAUAAAAAAUCCAUUAUCAUCGUUAUCAAUCGAAAAUUCAGCUGAUUUCUCCGUACCCAAAACUAAUAACUAUUCGCAAGCAAUUACUUCUAUUAAUAAUCAUGAACCGUUAACGGCCAUAGAUAAUAUACGAAACAUGACCUGUUCAUCGCCCAUGCGGCAUCAAAAUACAAAUUUAACUGUGCUUGAUGUUUACGAUGAGGCAGCAUUAAUAGGCAAAGACUUCGAACGUAUUAUCGACGCAUAUGGAACUGAAACGAUUCGUGAUCUAGUUCCCAAAGUGAUACGUGUCCUUGAAUUACUUGAAUUGCAAGCAGCAAAAAAUGAAAGAGAUGCCGAUGAAUAUUUGGAAAUGAAAACACGUAUUGUACGUUUAGAAACUGAAAAGAAUGAAACAAGGGAAUUACGUGAAAAAUUCGAUCGUGAACUUGAACUUAUCGAAGAACAAUGGCGAAAAGAAGCUGAUAAUUUAGUGAUCCUUGUUUCAAAAUUACAAGAUGAAAAUCGACGAUUACGUGAUGAACUCGAACGUAAUAGUGAUUUACAUAAUAAAUCUGAUUUAACCAAUUCAAUUGAAACGAUCAGUAUUACUCGUGAAGAACUACUUUGCAUAAAAAAUUUAACAGAAGAAAAUAUUAAAUUAAAACGCAUUCUAAAAGGAAAAGAUAAAGAAUUAACACAAAAAACACUUGAUAUAGAAGCCGUUCAAGCGCAACUUGAAAGAAUGUGUAAAGCAAAUUGUACAUUACGUCAGAAGAAUACAUUUUCAACAAAUCAAUCGCAACGAUUAAUGGUUGAAAAAUUGGAUUUAGAAGUUAAAUUGAAAGAAAAAGAAAAUUAUAUUAAUCAAAUAAAAGAUCGUGUUGGAGAUGAAUUGUCAAGUCCAAUAUCACCUAUCAAUCCAAUUGAUAAUGUUGAAAGUUUAGAAGAUACUCAACCUAAAUUUACACUUGAAGAAUUACGUCAAGUAUUAUGGGAACGAAAUGAAUUAAAAACAAAAUUAAUGGAAGUGGAAGAAGAAUUAAGAAUGUUUAAAGACCAAGAACAUGAUGAUGAUUAUGAUGUCAAUGCACCUGUCCAGGGUCCAAUUCCAUUGGAACCAGAAGAAAAAUUAAAUGGUUAUAAACGUGAUGAAUCGAAAAUCCGACAAUUAUUUUCCUCAGCUAAUUUGAAAUCAGCAGCGAACGUCGUUCGAUCUUUUUUCCCACUCUCAAAAAAAGCACCACCAUUGGAACCGACUACACCAAUAUCAGCAGCAAUACCGAUUGUUUCAACACCUCCUUCAACAUCCGUUGCAUCAAGUGAUUCAUUAUCAAAACGUCUUUCUGCGGAAAGCUUUUUUGGUUGCAGCAAAAAAACACCUAAAUCAAACAUUCCAGUGCUUACACCACCAUCAUCUCAAUAA